UACAACAUCUACUGGAAAGUAAUUAAUAGUUGAGUGCAUUCCGAAAUAAAAGUUUAAUGAAUGUUUUGCGUAAGUGCUGCCACUACGCCGAACAUUUUGGCAACGGUAACAUCUGAAUGCAACACCAACACCUGAAUGCAUCGACAACUACUAAACUCAAUUAUGACAUCACUGCAACUAAACCGAAACUAAUCCCAAUUAUGACAGCACCGCAACCCCAUCCGUAGGGACUACAGGUCCAAGCAGGGGGUCGGCUGAGGUAAAUCAUUUAUUUAAACCACACACAAGUUAGCUUGGGUGUCAGCAAAGAGGCAUAGCCUACACUAUACAACGAGAGGUGCUACAAACGCAGCUUUGUGCAGGGAUGAGUAACCAUUCAGGCGAAGUGAAUGAAGGAAAAACACAGAUGAGAAGGUUGGUCGCUCCACAGGUGCCUCCCUUGCAGGCUCCUCACUAUGCAGACACCAGCACUGUGUUUGCAGACUCCCACAACAACUACCACAGCCUGGGUCACACCAUGCGCACCAACAUCUUCCCAGGGGCACCGUUGGUGUGGUCAACUCUUGUAAAGGACUCCUACGUGAAUCACCCUCUGCCCCCCACCCCAAUCGAUCCCCAGAAGUGGUACGGUCGCAAGACCGAUGACAUGGUGAGGUGGACAGAGAGGAACAUUGUGAACCAGCGUCUGAAGAAGGCUCUGAUGUUGAUGGAGAAGGGUGGUGGUAACUGAGCUGCUUGUGCUGUUCACGCUUUGCUCACCACACCAGUUUUACAUUUCACACUUUUUUCAAUGUGUGGACACAUUUCCCACCUACACACACACACACACACCCAUGCACAAACACAAAAACAUGCACGUACACCUAUCCAACUCCACCCUGCUCACGCAACCACACUCACUCCUUUCGCAAGGCAAACAGAAAUAAACUUCAGUUUCGCACAAA